AUGGCUGAGCAAGCAAGCCAGGCAUUCCAGGCCAUUAUAGGAAUCGUUGGGAUCUGCGGCAAUGGUUUGGCGUGCGUGGUGAUCGCCAAAGUUCGCUUCAUGCACACCCUGACCAAUGCCUUCAUCUUCAACCAAGUCCUGAUUGAUCUCAUGGGGUCCUUGAUUGCUCUGCUUCUGAAUGUCGUACCAAUCCCUGAUCCGAUACCUCCUGGGGCUACUGGGGUGUUUCUCUGCUCUCUGUGGGUCAGCGACUUCCUCCAAUGGGGACCAUUCACUGCGUCCACAUUCAACCUGAUAAUAUUGACUCUUGAGAGGUACCUGGCCAUAGUGUUUCCCUUCAGGUACCAAGCCCUGGCCACUCGUAAGAAAGCCAUAGCUGUACUGGUCGGUGUGUGGGUGGCAGGGUUUCUGUUUGCCAGUUAUGGCAUCUAUCUCCGCUACUACGAGGCCGGAGAGUGCGUGCUAAACCAGGUGGCUCACCCACAAAUUCUUGGCGUGUUUGUCUUCUUCGCGACUUAUUGCCUGCCCGUCAGUAUCAUGCUCGUCGUCUACAUCCACAUCACGGUUGUUCUGAAGAAGGGAGCUGGCAGAAUUCAGCCUGGACCGGCAGCUGCAGGUCCAUCCACUGAAGGCCAGGGGGAAUCACUGAUGCGUGCUCGCCGUAACACCUUCAAGACCCUCCUGAUUGUCUGCGCGGCAUUCAUCAUUUGUUGGACACCAAACCAGAUCUUCUUUUUCCUCUUCAACCUCGGGGUGAAAGUCGACUUCUCAUCGCCCAUAUUCUACAUAACGAUCGGGAUGAUUGCUCUCAACUGCUGCCUGAACCCGUUCAUAUAUGCCAUCAAGUACAAGCAGUUUCAGAAGGGGCUGAAAGUUGUCUUUGGUAAAAGGGUUGACAGAGCCUCUAUUGCAACAGCAAGUACCGGCCACAACUGA